AUGGCACCAAACAGUGCGGCUGUGACGGGCCUCCUGCGACAGGCCGUCCACUACCAUCUCGACAACGGCUCGUGGGACAACGCCCUCUUCUUUGCCGAGCGCCUCUCUGCCCACGACGCACGAUCUAACGAAUCCGCGCAUCUCCUCGCCCUCAGCCACUUCCGACUCGGCGACUACCGGUCCGCAUACGAGUUCAGCAAGCCACUUGGCUACCGGGGUCUGCACCUGGGCUGCGCCUUUGUGUUUGCCCAGAGCUGUCUGGCCCUCGAGCGGUUCCGUGAUGGCGCCGUGGCCCUCGAAAAAUCCAAGAACCUUUGGCUGCACAAGGCCACGAUAGGCAAGCACACGGCGACGACCCGAGCGAAUGGCCCGGAUGCAGCCACCGUCAACUGCCUCCUUGGCAAGCUCUACCGCGGCAUGGAUGACCGGAAAAAGGCGGCAGCCUACUUUGAAGAUGCUCUGCGGACAAACCCGCUUAUGUGGGACGCCUUUACAGCCCUCUGUGAUAUUGGUCUGAACGUGCGGGUAUCCAACACGUUUCGUAUCAACGACGCCCUCGUUCGCUCCUUUGAGCCGGACGCCCUAGGCGACAGCCAGAAUGUCGCGCCUGGGUACUUGACAGAACAGCAGCCGCAGCUCCCUCUGAAGCGUGCCGGCACGAACGCAUCGACAUUGUCGACGCGGCAGCCGGCAGCACACGAAAUGAGCGACCCCUUUGACCACCAGCAGGCACCGAAUCAGCCGCUUCAGCCGACGCGCUCUGGGGCCGGCGCCCAGGGGAGCACCUCGGCCGAGUCCGAGGAAAACGACUUUAUGGCCAGGAUCUUUGCCGCCCGGUCACGGGUUGCGGCGUCGGGCGGCCUCAGUGGCCAGCCGUCACCAGACACAAUGGCCACGCCACCCGGCAUGCAGCAGGACAUGCCGCAUGCGCCUGUGCGGCGCAGAGCCGGCGCACCCCUUCCAACCGUGGUGGCGGACCCCAGUUUGCCCGAUAACGGGCUGCAGCAACAGCAGCAGCAGCCUGGCGCGCCAUCCAAGAUUAUGUAUCGGUUAGGUGCCUCCACACGGCGGGGCAGGACGGGGACGACGGACAGCAGUGGCAACGGCGAUAUAUCCGCCGCAGACCAGGCUUCGUCGCUGCUGCGGUCGACGGCGAGCGCAACGAACGGAGGCGCAGCGGGUGCGACGGGCAUCGCACCGACAGGCGGAGGAGGCGUAGGCGGAGCAACAGCAGCAACAGCAUCCUCUCUUUCUUCGUCGACCACAGAACGAAAGCGAACAGCAUCGGGUCACCCGGUGGCACCGCGGCAGGCAGCAGCCCAGCAAGACGAUUCGGGAGUGCCGCAGCGCCGCAGCGCGCGCCUGAACAUGUUCAACAAGGCGUCCGCUGGUAGGACCAAUGCGGGAGCGACAACUGCGAUUGGUGCUUCAAAUACGCGAGAGCUUAAAAAGGCCCGUCCUCCUAUCUCGAGGAUUGUCCGACCAGGCUCCAGCGGCUCCACCGUCGGCCGCGUGGUCAGUGGCAACAGAAAGCCCGUCGACGACGGCACUAUGGACAUGGAUCCAAUGGAAGGCCCUCGGGUCCGGGACCCCGUCAUUGCCACGGCAUCUGUGCCCCCGACACUCUCACAGCAGCAGCAACAACAACAGCAGCAGCAGCAGCAGCAGCAGCUACAGCAACAACAGCAACAACAGCAACAAUCGUCGCUGCUCCACCAGCAGGGUGCCCAAAAGCAGGCCAGCGAUGUCGACAUGGCCAAAAUAGAGGACGCUCUGCGCUGGGUCUUGGAGUUGAUGAAGAAGCUGGGAGGCGGAUACCUUUCUCUGGCGCAGUUCCAGUGCUCAGAGGUGCUUCAGAUUGUCAACUCGCUUCCCCGCUCCCACAUCGAUACACCGUGGGUCCAAGCCCUACUGGGUCGUGCCCAAUACGAGCUUGCGGCCUACGCCGAGGCGGAAGUGUGUUUCCGACGAGUGCGCGUCCUGUCGCCGACACGCCUGGAAGACAUGGAGGUGUACUCGACGAUCCUGUGGUUCCUCAAGCGCGAGACGGACCUGUCGUUUUUGGCCCACGAGCUCGUCGAUGCGGCCUGGCAAUCGCCACAGGCCUGGUGUGCUCUGGGCAAUGCAUGGUCUCUUGCGCAAGAUCACGAGCAGGCGCUCCGCUGUUUCCGACGAGCCACACAGCUCAACCCCAAGUUUGCCUACGCCUACACGCUGCAAGGCCACGAGCAUGUGCUGAACGAGGAGUACGACAAGGCGCUGACGGCGUAUCGCCACGCGAUCGCGGCCGACCGGCGGCACUACAAUGCGUACUACGGCAUCGGGCGCGUGUACGAGAAGCUGGGCAACUUUGACAAGGCAUACCCGCACUACCACACGGCGUCGGCCAUCCACCCCACCAACGCCGUCCUCAUCUGCUGCAUUGGUAAAGUACUCGAGCGGCAGAAGCAGAUCCUGCCGGCCCUGCAGUUCUUCAGCAAGGCGACCGACCUGGCGCCGAAGGCUGCCCAGACCCGCUUCCGCAAAGCCCGCGCCCUUCUUGCCAUCGGCCAACUGCAGGCAGCACAGCAGGAGCUCAUGAUCCUCAAGGACCUGGCCCCCGACGAGGCCCCCGUUCAUUUCCUGCUCGGCAAACUCUACAAGACGCUCAACGACAAGAGCUCGGCGGUCCGCCACUUUACGAUUGCACUGAGCCUUGAUCCGAAGGCAAGUCAGAAGAUCAAACAAGCGAUAGGAAGCCUAGAGGAUGACGAGGACGAACUUGAAGACUACAUGGUUGCCUGA